GUGUCGCCGGCGCGCCCCGGAGCCUGGCUUCCACGCUGCUGCGAUCCGCCCGCCCACGCUGGCUGCGGCGCCAUGGCGGGACUGCGCGGCCCGGGGACGUGAGAUCCACCGGCGGCAGCGGCUAACUGGUAACUGGCCCCAUCGUCACCACAGCCACAGUGCAGCUGCCACCGUUCCACCACCUUUAAGAUGUGCCCUGGUAACUGGCUCUGGGCCUCCAUGACUUUUAUGGCCCGCUUCUCCCGGAGUAGUUCACGAUCUCCUGUUCGCACUCGAGAGAGCAUGGAGGAGAUGCCCGCUGUUCAGCAUCAUCACUUCCUAAAUGUCUUUGAGUUGGAGAGGCUCCUCUACACAGGAAAGACAGCCUGUAACCACGUUGAUGAAGUCUGGCCAGGCCUCUACCUCGGUGACCAGGACAUGGCCAGCAACCGCCGUGAGCUUUGUCGCCUGGGCAUCACCCAUGUCCUCAAUGCCUCACACAGCAGGUGGCGAGGCACUCCUGAGGCCUACCAGGGACUGGGCAUCCGCUACUUGGGUGUAGAGGCCCACGACUCGCCAGCCUUUGACAUGAGCAUCCACUUCCAGACAGCGGCCGACUUCAUCCACCGGGCACUAAGCCAGCCAGGAGGGAAGAUCCUGGUGCACUGUGCUGUGGGAGUGAGCCGGUCCGCCACGCUGGUGCUGGCCUACCUCAUGCUGUACCACCACUUCACCCUCGUGGAGGCCAUCAGGAAAGUCAAGGACCACCGAGGCAUCAUCCCCAACCGGGGUUUCUUGAGACAACUCCUGGCCCUGGACCGCAGGCUGCGGCAGGGUGUAGACGCAUGAGGGGAGUAGAGGAGAGGGGAAGUCAGGCCAGGCCCAUUGGGUGGGCCCCUGGCUCCCAGCUAGAGAGAAGAGACCCAGAUGGCAGGUCGCAGGAAGGCCAGACAAUCCAUCAUCCCCUGGGGACAGGGGAAUGGAGGCCCCAAGGCCACUGAGGAGGUGGUGGGGAACCAGGUCAGGCAGUGUAUUGGGUGGGUGCCCUGGGAGCUGCUAACCAAAGGAAGCGUUGAAGCUAAAGAUAGAAGUCGGUCCUGCAAUUUGGACACCACUAGAUUACAGCAGGAUUUACCCAGUGAUUCAGAAUCACUUCCCCUCUUUAUACUCAGUGGUCCCCCAUCUCACCAAAACAAGGGCCAUUGUCCUGUGCCUGAGCAGGGAUCAAGGAUGAAGGAUGCAAGUGCCAAUGUGAUGGGGUAGAGGUUGCAGAAAGCAGCUUGGAGACAGACAGUGAUGAGAUCAUGUGAAAGUCACAAAACCAAAGGAAGAAACCCACAGACUGGUUACUCCAAGCCCAGGGAGGCGAGGUCUGUGGAGGUGAGCAUGGUGCCAAUGGAAGCUGCUCAGGGCUAAAGGAGUAACACAGAUGAAUGACUGGGAGUCCUAGGUCAUCCCGUGCUCAUUGGAUCCAGGUGUAUCUGAAGUAAAAAAUAAAGAGAUAGAAAACA